GAAAAGGAAUACGUGCGGAUGAGAGAGAAUCAGAUGCCGCUGGACCACCACUCUUCCUUUGGAUAUAUAAAGCGUACCCGUCUCUCACAUUUUUCCACAUUGGAGACGCAUAUAUUUAAUUUUCCUCUGUUUCUCCUCUGGACACUUUCUUUGUGAUUUUCUCGCAAGCCAAACGCUCAACAAUGGCCGAUCAGCUCACAGACGACCAGAUCUCAGAGUUCAAGGAGGCUUUCAGCCUCUUCGACAAGGACGGCGAUGGUUGCAUCACUACCAAGGAGCUUGGGACUGUCAUGCGCUCACUUGGUCAGAACCCAACUGAAGCUGAGCUUCAGGAUAUGAUCAAUGAGGUUGAUGCUGACGGGAAUGGAACCAUUGAUUUCCCUGAGUUUCUUAACCUGAUGGCCAGGAAGAUGAAGGACACAGAUUCUGAGGAGGAGCUCAAGGAAGCCUUCCGGGUGUUUGAUAAGGACCAGAAUGGCUUCAUUUCUGCUGCUGAGCUUCGUCAUGUUAUGACAAAUCUUGGUGAGAAGCUGACAGAUGAGGAAGUGGAUGAGAUGAUUCGUGAGGCUGAUGUGGAUGGUGAUGGGCAGAUCAACUACGAGGAGUUCGUCAAAGUCAUGAUGGCCAAGUGAGGAUCAAUUGACCGAAAUCAAAAAUUUGAUAUAAAAACGUAAAAGGGAAUUGGGCAGAUAAGUUUAAAGAGAUUUCCAUAUCCCAUUAGGACAUCUUCAUUUGGUAUUGCUAGCUUUUGGUUGGUUCAUUGUCUCUUUUCUUGUAUGCAUUAUUUGUGGUACUGUUCCUCUAGUAUCUACUUGUUUGCUGUCUCUUAAUAGUUCCUCUUUGGUAGUGUCCCAUACUUUUCAUUGGUAUGUUCAUUCUUCUUUUUGGUAUCAAUGACCUAGAACAAUUGGGUGAAUCUGAUGUUUCUGCUUAUGGGUGAGUAUCAUUGUUAAUAUUGUGAGUUUUA